UUUUCACCCGGUGCAAAGCACGCCUACAUGGGCGCCCGGGACAGAUUAAUCGAAUCCCCUCAUUUAAUACACCCAGGAGGAAGAAGCGCAGCACAAUCUUUUUCUACACUCUUAGACACCAGCAAACUCUUCAGCCAAAGAUGGCUCAUCUUCCAGCACUUUUUAAGUAUGUGGACGAACACCAGGAGCUGUACAUUGAGCGUCUUGCCCAAUGGGUGGCUGUGCAGAGUGUGUCUGCCUGGCCAGAGAAGCGCGGGGAGAUCAAGAAGAUGAUGGAGAUGGCAGCCAAGGACAUUGAGAAGCUGGGGGGCACAGUGGAGAUGGUGGACAUUGGAAAACAGAAGCUUCCCUCCGGAGAGGAGAUCCCCUUGCCACCCAUCAUCCUGGGUUCCUUGGGCUCCGACCCGGGUAAGAAGACUGUGUGCAUCUACGGCCACCUGGAUGUCCAGCCAGCUGCCAUCGAUGACGGCUGGGACACGGAGCCCUUCACUCUGGUGGAGAAAGAUGGGAAGCUCUAUGGCCGAGGCUCAACAGACGACAAAGGUCCAGUGUUGGCCUGGUUCAACUGUAUCGAGGGCUACCAGAAGAUCCAACAGGCGCUUCCCAUCAACAUCAAGUUCUGCUUCGAGGGCAUGGAGGAAUCCGGCUCAGAGGGCCUGGACGAUCUGGUGUUCGCCCGGAAAGACACCUUCCUGAAGGACGUGGAUUACGUGUGCAUCUCAGACAACUAUUGGCUGGGCAAAACCAAGCCCUGCAUCACCUAUGGACUGAGGGGAAUCUGCUACUUCUUCAUUGAGAUGGAGUGCUGUGACAAGGACCUCCAUUCUGGGGUGUUUGGGGGCUCUGUCCAUGAAGCCAUGACCGACCUCAUCGCACUGAUGGGCUCCCUGGUGGACAAGAAGGGGAAGAUCCUGGUCCCGGGGAUGGACGAAGAUGUGGCCAAGGUCACAGACGAGGAAAAGAAACUGUACCAGAAGAUCGACUUUGACAUGGUGGAGUAUGCCAAGGAUGUUGGAGCUGGGAAGCUCCUACACGACACCAAGGAGGCUAUCCUGAUGCACCGCUGGAGGUACCCCUCCCUCUCCCUGCACGGCAUAGAGGGGGCCUUCUCCGACGGAGGUGCUAAGACCGUCAUUCCCCGCAAGGUCAUCGGCAAGUUCUCCAUCCGCCUGGUCCCGGACAUGGACCCCAAAGUGGUGGAGAAACAGGUUAUUGGCCACCUGGAGAAGAAGUUUGCUGAGCUGGAGAGCCCCAACAAGCUCAAGGUGUACAUGGGCCAUGGGGCCAAGGCCUGGGUGUCUGACUUCAACCAUCCCCAUUACAUGGCUGGUAGAAAGGCCAUGAAGACAGUGUUUGGUGUGGAGCCUGACCUGACACGGGAAGGCGGCAGCAUCCCCGUCACGCUGACCUUCCAGGAAGCCACCGGCCGUAACGUCAUGCUGCUGCCCAUGGGCUCGUCUGACGACGGAGCACAUUCACAAAAUGAGAAACUCAACAGGACAAACUACAUCCAGGGCAUCAAGAUGCUCGGCGCAUACUUCCACGAGGUCUCCCAGUUGGAGUAAAUGAACUAGCCAGACCUGAGUGAGAUGUAUCCCUCUGCCUCCUGAGCUUGUGGACCCAACUGUUUUAAUUUUUUAUCCAAUGCAAGUUUCAUAAUGUUUUCCAUUAACUGCUGCUGCUGUACAGCAAAGCAGAUCCUUGAAGAUGUCCCUUUAUUAAUUUGUAAUAUCUCCCAACAUGGUGACAAGUAGAGGAAAAUAAUAUAGAAGUAUUGAUUAUUGUAUUGUAGAAGUGCCAUCUUGUAUAUCUUCAUCUACUUUAUCAGAGUGUUAUAGAUGAACUAAACCAAACUCGACAAGGAAACGUGGACAGUAUAUACCCCAUUACACUUCCAUGAUGUCACAGCUUUGUUGUGGUGUAUUUAUGAAAGUGCUAACAGACAACAGCACACUGACACGCACUCAUUUCCUCCAAUGAACACACAGGACAUAGCCAUAGACAUCCGCAGAUAUUGGAGGCAUAUAUUCAGAAGUAUUCUAAGUGAUGAAAAUAUCUCCAUACUUUUGCAUUACAUUAAAUAGUACAGUAUACAAAAUGGCAUCUUGAUUGAGCCAUUCAAGGUUCUCUUUCAAACUGGAGCAUGACUUGACCUGUGUAAUGUAUCUAUUUUCUCCCUUGUCACUGUGAAACAACAGGCAACUGUCACAUGCCAAUAUAUUCAAUAAAUCAUAACAUCAGUC